CUCAUAUUCACACUAGUACUACUGUGCAGCUUCACAUAAACAGAACAAAAUGCUCAGCUGGUCGGACGGCAGCCGGGAGCCAUAACUUCAUGACCCUCCGAGACCCGCUUUAAUAGCAUGCUGUCCUUUACUUUUUGAAUAUAUAGGAACCUCCAAAGCCAAACAAUGAGAGACAUCCUUAAGAGGAAGUUUGCAGAGGUAGAGGAAAACCCCUGCUAUUCCCCCUCCUCCUCCUCGUCCUCCUCUUCUUCUUCUCCAUCUUCCCUCUCCUCUCCCGCCUCCUCGGAAUGGGAAUCCGACGGGGAGGGGAGCUCAUCAGAGCUCCAAGAUUUCACACCUCACAGUCCUGCCUCAGCCUCCAGCUUACCCAUUUGGUCUAUCCUGAAGAAGCCAAAGCUCUCAAAAAGACCAAGCAGGGUGCAAUUCGACCAGGUGACAGUGUUCAGCUUUCCCCGCUGUCAGGGUUUCACCAGCGUGCCCAGCCGAGGAGGUGCCACUCUAGGCAUGGUGCGGAAACACAGCGCUCUGCGAAGGUACACUGUGGACGAGCACGCACUAGAGCAGCGUAGCAGACGCAAAGAGAGGCACAGGGAAAAACUGAGGCAAGAGAGGUUGGAGGCAUUAAAAAGCAAGCUGGUCACGAGUGGAGCUGUUGACCAUAAUGAAGCGGAGAAGCUGAUGAUGGAUCAAGCUCUGAAUGAAGACCUCGACAUCCAUAUUAGUGAGUCUGAUUUGGAGGAUGGAGGCUUCUUUCAGCCGUUCUCUUCUAGACAGCGUCAGGCUCUGCUCCUGGCAGCAGGGGUGAAAACCAUUGACAAGGAGGAGAAGAGGCAGCUUCACACUCUGCGGCUCUCCAGACAGGCCUGUGGCUGUGACUGCAAGGGCUUCUGUGAGCCGGAGACCUGCGCCUGCAGUCAGGCAGGCAUCAAGUGCCAGGUGGACCGCUUCAACUUCCCCUGUGGAUGCUCCAAGGACAGCUGUGCAAACAUUCAGGGGCGCGUCGAGUUCGACGCCAGGCGGGUUCAGACUCAUUACAUCCAUACAGUUAUGAGACUCGAGCUGCAGAGGCGACUGAAAUGUGAGGCGCUCAUCUCUGGGGAGCAGGGAGGACUCUCAGAGGAGCCUCAAGACUUUAAAGAACACAAAGAGGUCCGUGCAGAUCAGAGGGAGGAAGAGAACAUGUGUCCGUUCAGGUCUGGCUUAGAGGAGGAUCAGCUUCCUUUCACCAUGCCUGCUGCUCCUCCAUUCCACUGCCUCCAAGAGCGGCUGAUCGUUGAGGAAAACAGCUGCAGCAGCGACAUGUCCGAGUCCUCUCUGUCCUCUUCGGAAUGUGACACAGGAGGAUUCUUCAGCGGGGCUCAGACUCCUCCUGAUGGAGGUUCCACCUGCAACUCCAGCAAUAAAAACUUUUACUCAUGCAGCCAGAUCAGGAGCAUGAUGGAACCACCGAUCCAGCACGGCUGCAGCUCUGCAGCUACCGCCAACCAGAGGCCACUUUCUCCCAUCACCCUUUCAGACAACAUGGACCCCAGCAGGAACCAUCUUGAUGAGAAUGCAAAUCAAUCCAGAGAUUUUUUCAAUGAAGACUCUUUGGAGGACUUCCCUAACACCCCUUCUCCUACUUUGGACUACUCCUUCAGCAGAUACAUGGACCUGAGCCUCUCCUCUGACUCUGACCUGGAGUUCUUCCACAGGGACUACCCCUCUGGACCGCUGAACAGCUCCUUCAAAGACUACAGACGCUCAGACGUCUUUCAGCCCCUCCAGCUGCUCAGCUCUGUCAGUUUACCCCAGCAGGAGUCCAGCACCCAGCUGCUGGAGUCUCUGAUCGGACUAACUUAAUCGACCAAACACCAGAUGUGGUCAGAUCCUCAGCUUUUAAUCUUUCUUGUAGAUUACAAUUUAUUUUAAUAUAACUUCAAAGCACAAGUACCUAUUUUUCCGAAUGGAAUAUUUUUAUUUGCCUGAAAAUCAAAAGUAAUUUUCAGGAAAAAAACACA